AUGGAGAAUGUGUCUGAAUCUGAACCAUUGGGUCCUUUGACAGUGAGACAGUCAGGUGCUGAUAUCUCUGCACCAAACUAUGAUUUCAAUUAUGCUAUCAAUGAUCUGAUAAUCGACCCUCCUAUACUCAAUGAACCAGAACUUCCAGCAGCUGCAGCCUUCCCUACCUACAAUCUCAAUGAUAUCAAAGUCGAGUAUCACCUGAGUAGUGGUAUUGUGGCUAAGACCCAUGGAUUUGAUACUUUCCAGUGUUGUCCCACAAUCUUGAUUCCACCACCUGAUAAAACUCCUUGGCAUCCAUUUAAAUCCCAGCUUGAGUUCAAAAUUGCAGAGCUUGCACUUGAGGUCAGGCUAAACCAUGGGAAGGAGAAAACAAUCUUCAAAAACCACAAGGAUAUUCAUAACUUGUGGGAGGCAGCCUCACAUUGUGUCACAAAGUUUAUGAAGGAGGUGAUUUUGGUUCACUUUGAUGGUGACAGUGAAUUGUGGGACUAUGAAUAUGAUGGUACCACUUUUGUUCAUUUUGUAGAUGAGCCUUUCACUGUGCAGGACAUCUGGGAUAUUCAAUCAAAACUUCCACCAGGCACCAAGCCAUUGGCUUAUAUAUUGUGGCUGAGGAAAAACAGCAUGCUGGAAAGCCAGGCUGGGUUAAUUUUAAAAAUAUUGUUUGGCAUGAGUUGUUCACCAGAAUUAUCUCAUCCUUGGUAUCAAAAUCUAAAACAGGCCAGUGGUUUGAGUGUCUGGAUGGCAUUGCGUGCUGGUUCUUUUUGCAAUUAUGAAGAACUGCACUUAUCAAAGCUGUGCAUGCAAAAGGAACUGCAGAAGAAUGAGAGGAGAUCCUCAAAGAACAAGUGCUUUGUGAUAUUGAGUUUUGAGGCCUUUCCACACUGGUGGAAUCUCAAGCACCCAAACAAGGUCAUUGGUGUUGCAUUUACCGACAGUGCUGUCCAUGAAGGCAUUUCAAAGAUGAUUAUAUAUGCCACACACAAUAUCUUGACUGAGCAAGACUUGCCCCUUGGUUAUCUUUUACUUCGAUGCAUACACCUUUACCUUGAAAUGGACAUGUAUGCUGUGAUAGAGGUUCACAUGGCUAAUACAAUCCAUGAGGGGAGGCAUACAGUUCAAGCUUUUGCAGCACUCAUGAAGCAAUAUAUCACACAAAUGGCUGAAGACAUCAAGAAGAAUUGGAACUUUCUGAAACUUCACAUGACUACACAUAUAUUUGAUGACAUCGAGGCUAAAGGCACUUCAUGCAAUUAUAAUACCAAGCCAAAUGAGCCGAUGCAUGGAUCCUUGAAGGAUUGGUACUUGAACCGGACAAACUUCAAAAACAUUGCAGAGCAGAUUCUUCAUAUUGACCACUGGAUCCUUGUAGCAGACUAUGACAAUUAUGUACUUUUGAAAUCACAAGAUGUGGAGGAUGAUGUGAUAGAUGAUGAAGACAACAAAGGUGCUGCUGUCAUUACAACAACUGGAUCAGUCUUUGAUCCAUCACUGCAUGUGAAAAUCAGGUCAAGACAAGCACCACAGACCUUCAUACACAUUCAGAGUGUACACCAGGGUGACAAUGCAUUCACCGACUUCUGUACCAAGCUUAAUGAAUUCAUUAAUGCAUCCCUGCCUGCUUGCAACACUGGUGGACGAAGGUUUCAGUUCCAACCAGAUGAUUCUAUUACUGAAUUCUGA